AUGCGAUUGGUUCUUACCUGCACGAUCAUACGAUUGGAUGAUCGCCUCAAUCUAGAUCCUGAUUGGUUGACACCGGUGAAGGUCUAUGGAAAGCAACAUCAUGCCCCAUUUUCAACGACAACGCAUGGCCUUUAAGGUACUGAAUUCGGGGAUUGUUUUUGUGGCUAUAAACGCUCUGGCAUGCUUUCUAUGCUUCGUUGUUUUCCCAACAAAGACUACAUGACAGCAGCAGUCUUCCGACCGGUUGCUUGCAACCGCGUAAACGAUCUCAUCCGAAUAGGUGGUCAGGAAAUUGUUUGGGAGGAAUCUACCAAAGAUAGACCGUUAGGUAUGUCCAUAGAACCCUAUGGUCUCAGUGACUUGGACUUCAGGGGUACGGCCCAAAGCGCCACUAACUUACAGUUGGAUCUUCCUCUGAAUGCAAAGCUCCUGGAUGCUUUUGCCUUCGCCGGACUUUCUAGUUUAAAGGGCCUCCAUGCAUGGAGGCAUUCGCUCGCCCUUGAGUCGUGCAGUCUUGCCGGCCUACCCAAACUCGAAACAGCAGUACUCAACUGCUCGUCUACUUUUACAAACUUCCUAACAUUUGGAGAUUCAUUUCGGUCUCUGCGACUUGUGGGCUGCCGAGACCUGCCUAUUCAGUUUGUGUGCACGCGUUGUAGUCAGCAGCCAAACACGAACGUUCUCCGUGUCUUGCCAGGACCACCAUCAGCCGAGAGCCAGAUCGUUUUCGAGACGGUGCCGCCGGAGGGAAGUGAGAGUUUGCCGGUUGGACAGUGUGUCCCGGGCAUGUGUUCGGAUGAGCAUCUGUGCAGGAACAAUUACGCCCUUAAACUCAGCAAGGAAUUCACUCUGAGACAGUUGGCUACCGAACUGCAACCGUCACUCCCCGAUACCCCCGAAAACAAGACCGGUCAUCAAACGAUCUUCGGUCUCCUAGACUCACCCAGUAGUUCGCUCGGUCAACUGGCAAUUCUUGUUAUCCUUCCACUCGUACUAGGAAUUGCCAUCAUCUUAGCAUUCUCGGCUAUGCGAUAA